AUUUGUCAAAGUCAAAUCAACUCGUUUAUAAUAGUUUUCGGCUUUAAUUCCAUAGCGUCUUAUCACAAUUUAUCAAAACAUACUUAUUUUAAUAGCCUAGCUCGCAUAUAACGUCAAUAAAAGACAUCAAUAAACAUGUCCGCGGAAAAGAGGCCGGCCAGCCCAGACAAAGCAGACGAAUCUGAAGAUGCCGACGCUUGGAUCGGUCCUAUGCCUUCAGAGGCGGCUGUACCCAAACAUAAGAAAAGAAAAGUUCUGGAGUUUGAAGCCUUGUAUUUGGAGAAUCUGCCGUCCUCGGAGACCUACGAGCGGAGUUACAUGCACAGAGAUGUGGUCUCACAUGUAGUUGUCACCAAAACAGACUUCAUUGUCACAGCCAGUCAAGAUGGACACCUCAAAUUUUGGAAGAAACAGGAGGAGGGCAUAGAGUUUGUAAAGCAUUUCCGCUGCCACCUCUCCACCAUCAGUGACAUUGCAGCAAACAGCACUGGAUCCCUGCUGUGCACCGCAUCUCCGGAGAAGACGCUUAAAGUCUUUGAUGUUGUCAAUUUUGACAUGAUCAACAUGAUCACAGUGGAGUUUGAGCCGUACCGAGUGGAGUGGGUGCAUUCUGCCGGCGAUCCCAUUUCAGCAUUGGCAGUUUCAGAGAAAGGCAGCAACAAGAUCCACAUUUUCGACGGCACACAGGCCUCGGGCGCCCCGCUCCACACAUUCGAGACCCUCCAUCAAAGCACAGUGGCCACCAUCCGUUACAACCCAGUUUAUGAAACAGCGGUGUCCGUCGACAAAGCUGGUAUAGUGGAAUACUGGACCGGGCCAAAGCACGAAUACAAGUUCCCGAAGAAUGUUGAGUUUGACUCUAAGCUGGACACGGACCUGUUCGACUUCGUGAAGAAUAAGACUUACCCGACCUCGGUGGUGUUCUCGCCGGACGGGAAGAAGAUGGCCUCCAUCAGCUUGGAUAGGAAGGUGCGUGUGUUCAAUUUCGUGUCAGGCCGGCUGAGCAAGGUGCUGGACGAGAGCCUGCAGCGCUUCCAGGAGCUGCAGCACCAGCACCAGCAGCUGCCCAACAUGGAGUUUGGACGCAGAAUGGCCACCGAGCGAGACCUAGAAAAAUCCGAUUCUGUCCACUACGCGAACAUAACCUUCGACGCGAGCGGCCAUUUCGUUCUGUACGCGACCAUGCUAGGCGUGAAGAUCGUCAACCUGGUCACCAACCGCUGCGUCACCAUGCUGGGCAAGCCGGAGAACCUAAGGCCGUUGCACUUGUCACUUUUCCAGGGCCGAACCAACCAAUCAAAAGUGGCCUCAACCCUCGAGAUGGAGGGCUCAGAGAACCCCACGCUCCUCAACAUCAAGACGGACCCGACGUUAUUCUGCACGGCCUACAAGAAGAACCGCUUCUACAUGUUUUCUAGAAGAAGUCCAGAUGAUAUAAAGAGCCCGGAUGCUGACAGAGAUAUAUUUAAUGAGAAACCGUCCAAAGAAGAUAUCAUUUCGGCGACGGAAGGGCAAGGCGUCCAACGCAUAUACGAGCAGGCCAUCCUGCACACGUCGCUGGGAGACAUCCACAUCCGUCUGUUCGGGAAGGACACGCCGCGAGCCGCCGAGAACUUCUGCGUGCACGCCAGGAACGGAUACUACAACGGGCACAUCUUCCACCGCGUCAUUAAGGGGUUCAUGGUGCAGACGGGGGACCCGACAGGCACCGGCACAGGCGGUGAGAGCAUCUGGGGCGGCGAGUUCGCGGACGAGUUCAAGUCACACCUGAAACACGACCGCCCCUACACGGUCAGCAUGGCAAACGCCGGACCCAAUACUAAUGGCAGCCAGUUCUUCAUUACUUUGGCGCCUACGCCAUGGUUAGACAACAAGCACACGGUAUUCGGUCGCGUAGUACGCGGCAUGGAGAUAGUCCAAAACAUCGGCCAGGCCAAGACUAACCCCAAGACCGACAAGCCAUAUGACGACAUACGGCUCGUCUCCGUCACUGUCAAGUAACUGUCAAUGUCAUUAAUGUAGCAGAGCAGGGAGUACGGAACAUUGACCACGGCCGUGUGACAUAAUAAGCGGAACUCCUUUUCUAAUAAUUGUAAUUAUUCCGCUUGGAAUAUUAGUUUACUCCGUAAUAGAUGGAUACAGUCUAAGGAAAAAACGUGCCUCGAAUGUCACGAAAAUGUGAUUCUCGAUCAGAUGGCGCCACUACUUUUGGCCUACUCUCGUAUAGAGGGCGUUGACAGUUUCGUUUGUUAUUUAUAAUUUAAACGCAUAUCAGUGAAAGAACAUGGGUCAUAAUCAUAUAAAAAUAAUUAAUGCAAAUAAAAAAAUCAUUUAUCCAUAUUUAAAUACAUUUUAACGUAUUUUUAUAAAUCUUCAUUUUUAGUUUCAAAGUAUGUCGAUAGAUGGCAGUGAAUUUACAGUGGUUACAAAAUUUACUAUGACAGUACCGCUCUAUCUUAUUAUAUCCUCAUUGGUUGUAGUUUAUUAUGCAACACGGCCCAGGUCAAGACCUACGGCUGGUAGACCCAAGACUUACUGCCAAGUAACUGGAGAAUCUAUAGUGUAGGUGAUCAGCGGAUCAUAGCUAGUAAGUAGUAUGACGUUAGUAAAUUUAGUAUGUGACGCACGGGGCCAAUGGCUUUCGUCAUAUCAUAUAAAUAAGGUACCUGUCAUUGCGUAGUCUUUUUGCCAAAAUGUCAUAAUUAUGUCGAAUGUAACAUCAAAUUUUUUACAAUUUUGGGAAGGUAAAUCGUGGACAGUGGACACCUUUAGACGAUUUACCCUAUAUAGCCGAGAAAUUUGGACGCGUUCCGCCGUUACGGGCUGGCCUAGGGGUUCAUGGCGUUAGCCGCGAUAGCUAGACGCAGGUUCGAAUCCGGCCUCCGCCACUGGAGGGCUUCGUUACUUUUUCUUUUAUAAUAUUAUUUCAGUUUUUUUUUUCUAAAGUACAAAAAUUUAUGGUUUUGUAAAAAUAUUUAAUCGGACAAAUGAGAUUUCGGUAAUCGAUAUCUCACAGAAGAAUUCUCCGGAACAUCGAUAGGUUACACUUCAAUAGUAAAUAGCAUAAUGAGAUGCGCGCAUGCGGCGGUUGUCGCGGGAACUAAUUGUUCUUUGAACGGUACGGUCCCCGGCAAGCUUGGUUCUCCAUACUAAACGUAGUUCCGCUCUCAUUUUAAAACGACUAGCUAGAUUGCUCUGAAACUUUGUACUUACAAUAGGAUAAGGUAUAUGUUGUCUGUAAUUAGUUUAUGUAGCUUCAGAUACCAUAGUUAAAAAAAUACAGUGAAUUAAGUUUUUCAUACAAAACUUGUUUUUGCUCUAUUUCGUUUGUUUUAUAGACUGGAGCUAUGUAUACUAAAUACAGUAUUCCUUAUGUUAUUGUAUGUGCAAAGUUUCAUUACAAUCCAACACGUAGUUUUAAAAUGAGACCGAAACUCCGCUUGUAUGGGAAGGUGAAAUUCGGCCGAGCUUGCCGGGGACUUAAAUUCUGUACGAAAUAAUGUUAACUAUUCUGUGACUAUACACUGUAAAUAUUAUUAUUAAGAUUAUUUAGGUAAUACAUUUACCUCACUUCGUGUGUAAGUACAACAAUUUGUCAAUAUUUUAGAUAUCUUCGGUAAGCUAGACCUGACUACUGACGAUACAAGUGCGAAAAAUUGGAAAUUCGAAACGAUUGGCGAUAAAUUAAAAUACGACCGAAGGGAGUGUUUUAAAUCGACACGAGUUGCAAAUUACCUAUUCGCACGUGUAUCGUACGUUUUACAGUACAUAUGGCCCUUUAAAUUUUCGACAUAGUUACGUAAUAUGCUAAUUAUCGCACUAGUGUGGUAAAGUAGCGCCAUAUGUACUGUAAAAUAUAUUAUUAGAUCGUAUUUGUGACUGUGAAUUACUGUUGUGAAAUGUGUUUUAGAUGAAAUUUAAAAUAAAUAGAAAAUAAACAAAUUUUUAUUUUAUGAUACAA